GCAGUGAGUACCCCAGCCAUCUCUGUACUUAUUUAACUUCCUGAUGUACGGUGUAUUACAAAAUGUCGAACCACAUGGUGUGUAUGCUCCUCUUUACAAUGUGGGCGUGUUGUCGUGUAACAUCAGGAGAUUGUCCAGACGGUCGGUAUGGCGUAGACUGCAGCUACACGUGUCACUGUACUUCCGGUUGUGAUGAUGUCACAGGAUGUUCUGGGAACUGCAAAAAAGGAUGGUCUGGACCAACAUGCAACAUGAAUAAUUUAGCGUUGAACAAACCUGCCUCCCAGAGUUCUCACUAUAAUGGGGACGAGACACCUUCAUCAAAUGGUGUUGACGGGGACUACACUGAGACGACAUCGUGUAUACUCACUGAUGUAUAUCAAAAUAACUCUUGGUGGGAAGUGGAUCUGGGAGAACCACAUUAUAUACAUGAAGUGACUGUUCACUUCAGGACGGAUUAUAAACCUCGCAGGAAUGGUGUUCAUGUGUAUACAGUACGCGAACCAACCAUAAUUGCGUCUAGACGGCGACUCCGUCCAAGCUAGACGGCGUCUAGACUAGUCGGCAAAAUUUUAAAAUUUCCUGUUUAGACGGUUGAUCGGCGGUAGCUGCAGACACUGAAAACGUGCACGAGCUACUUGAUUUGAGCCUCUAAGCUUUUUUUGUAGGUUGUCAAUUGCCACUACAUGUUGUUAUGAAGUAAAAAAAAAAUAAUAAUAAAAAAAAAAAAAAAAAAAAAAAUUAUAUAUAUAUUUAUUUCACGAGGGUUUUUUUUAAAUCGCGAUUGACGUGUUUACAAGGCAUUCGCACUACAUUGAAAAUAAUAAUUAAAUA